AUGACGAACGAAAGCUCAGCACAGAGUCAUCGGGGUCGUAGGACGGUGAGUCGAAGACUUCUUCGAACAAUUCAACAAACACCAGUCCACGUCAACCCUCCUUCGGUAGCUGGUGAGGCCAAUCUAGGAAUCCCUUCCACACGUCUUCUUGAAAGAAAUGCAAGGUACGCCAAUAUUAGAAUUGAAGAAGAUUGCUAUUCGGAAUGGGAUAGACAGAUAAAGCAUUCUAAUCAGUUCCGUUCGGCUUGUGAAAAAGUUGAGGGAUCUAUUGUGUGA